UGCGCAGGCGCCGGAGGGACCCAAUGCCUGGCGCCUCGCGGGCGCCUCUAGUCUGAGAAGCCCCUUUCUCCGCACGCGCCGACCCCUGAGUACCGGCCUGGUGCAGAGGAGCUGCAGACUCGGGGGUCACGGCUGGGGGUUCUGGAGCGAGAAAGGGAAAGCUUCCGUCCUCGGCGGGGGCAGAAUUGGAGCCUCCGGCUGCCGUAGCUUCGGACCUGAGUUGCCCGAGCCGCUGCGGCUCCCGCAGGAGGGGGCGGGGCUGACGCGAGCAUCUCCGUGCUCAGUUUUCCGGACCUGCUGCAACGCGGGCAGGUGCAGCAGCUGAAGACCUCUUCCUAACCCGGUGCGGGGCACUUUGCGACGCCUGCCGCCUCCGCCCCAUUGUCCCGUCUCACUGCUGCCCCGGGGCCCAGCAGCCACUUGCCUGGCGAUGCUCUCACACUUUGGACUCUUCUGGCAUUAUUGAGCUGACGCUUUGGGACAUCAGAUUCAGGUCCUAUGGGGAGAGAAGCGUGUGACUUUGCAAGGUGUGGUGUGGAAACCCGCGCCUGUCACCCGUCUCCGCUUGAUUAAUGGCCACUAGGGUGGUGCAGGAAGAAUGGUAUAAAAGUGAGGAAACAUCAACCGGUGCUUUGAAUGUGGCAAGAAAAGAAUCAGCGCUGUCAUGAUUGUUUGAAUUCAGGACUUUACACUGAAAGGAAAGUUAGAUGUAAGCUCUAAUCUCUUCUUGGGAACUGGAAAUUUUUUUUAAAAAGGUUUGAAGACAUUCUUCUUUGCCUUCUUCAAAGUUAAAACCUAAAAUUUGCAGGACAAAUAUCACUGUAUUUGUAUGGAACUCUGGGAUUGGAUUUGAGCAAAUUGAAUGCGCAACAGAUCUUACUGUGUGUGGCUCUUUGCUUUCCCCUCAUGACUUUGGGCCUUUGAGAGGGUUCAGGAAGAGGAAGUGUGGCACCUUUCCUCUUACCACACACUUGGCUGUUGGAGUUGGUGAUCUGUAUUCUCAUCUUCCCUGUUUGAAGGACUCCUCUGAAGAAAAGUGUGCUUCUUAAGUCAACCCUAGCCUCUCCUCCAUACAAAGAGCUCUUAAUGAUACUAGCGGAAAACAAAUUCAACUAAAAGCUCGUCUGCAGAUCAGAAGAACGAAGACAUGGAGUUUUGAGGAGUGAAGGUAGCAUGGCGUCGGCCAUGGGUGAUCAAGACACAGACAGACAAUGUGGCUCAAUUUCUUCAAACUACGGCUUUUCUGCUGUCUGCUUGCUCUGCUGAUGGUGGUGGUGCUGGUCGUCAAUGUUACUCAGGUAGAGUACUUGGACCAUGAGACUGUUUCAGCUACAUUCAUCGACAGUAGUGGACAGUUUGUUUCCUCCCAGGUGACAGGAGUUAACCGGAAUCCUUACUGUGGCUAUGAGCAUCAGACUCUGUCUAGCCGGGAGCGCAUGGAGGAGGACUCCUUGCUGGCUGCCCUACAAUGGCAGGUGCCUGAUGUGGGUCCGGUCCCCUUUCUGAAGAGCACUGACCCUUCUUCCAGCUACUUUGUUAUCUUGAACUCUGCAGCCUUCUUCAAGGUGGGAAGCCAGCUAGAAGUGCUGGUUCACGUACAGGAUUUUCAAAGAAAGCCCAAGAAAUAUGGUGGAGAUUACCUGCAGGCCAGAAUCCACUCACCUAAGUUGCAGGCAGGGGCUGUGGGCAGAGUGGUAGACUACCAGAAUGGGUUUUACAAAGUAUUUUUCACUUUGCUGUGGCCGGGCAAGGUUAAAGUGUCCAUAUCUCUUGUCCACCCUACUGAAGGGAUCAGAGUUCUUCAGCACCUACAGGAAGAGAAACCACACAGGGUCUAUUUCAAGAGUCUCUUCCGUUCAGGAAGAAUUUCUGAAACCACGGAGUGCAAUGUGUGUCUUCCUGGGAAUCUGCCCCUGUGUAACUUUACAGAUCUCUACACUGGAGAACCCUGGUUCUGCUUCAAACCAAAGAAGCUCCCAUGCAGUAGUAGAAUUAACCAUUUCAAAGGUGGAUACCUGAAGGGCCUUCUAACUGCUACAGAGAAUGCUUUCUUCCAGAGUGGUGUCAAUAUCAAAAUGCCAAUCAACUCCAGUGGACCUGAUUGGGUGACUGUGAUUCCCAGGAGAAUAAAAGAAACUAACAAUCUAGAAAUAUCACAAGGCUCAGGAACUUUUCCUUCUGGAUAUUAUUACAAAGACCAGUGGAGGCCCAGAAAGUUUAAGAUGCGCCAGUUUAAUGACCCUGACAACAUCACAGAAUGCUUACAAAGAAAAGUGGUGUACUUAUUUGGAGAUUCAACAAUCAGGCAAUGGUUUGAAUACCUUACUACGUUUGUUCCAGAUUUAGUGGAGUUUAACUUGGGUAGUCCCAAGAAUGUGGGUCCUUUCCUCGCGGUGGACCAGAAGCACAACAUCCUGCUCAAAUAUCGCUGCCAUGGUCCACCCAUCCGUUUUACAACUGUCUUUAGCAAUGAGCUCCAUUAUGUGGCCAAUGAGCUGAAUGGCAUCGUGGGAGGGAAGAACACCGUGGUUGCCAUAGCUAUAUGGUCUCAUUUCAGCACCUUCCCCUUGGAAGUGUACAUCCGGCGGCUCAGGAAUAUCCGUCGAGCCGUGGUCCAGCUCCUGGAUCGAAGCCCUAAGACCGUUGUAGUCAUUCGAACAGCCAAUGCCCAAGAGCUGGGGCCUGAGGUGAGCCUUUUCAACAGUGACUGGUACAAUUUUCAGCUGGACACCAUCCUCCGGAAGAUGUUCUCAGGGGUUGGAGUGUAUCUCGUUGAUGCCUGGGAGAUGACCUUGGCUCAUUAUUUACCCCACAAGCUACAUCCAGAUGAAGUUAUUGUGAAGAACCAACUGGACAUGUUCUUGUCCUUUGUGUGCCCCGUGGAGACCUAGCCCGCCCUGGAGGGGACUGGAGGAAUCACAUUACCUGUGUUAUAGGAAGUUUAUGGCUGGCCCCAUGGAGAGAUAGCUGCUAGUGACAUGUACAAAAUUUCAAAAGGAACUGGACUUUAUAUGAGACUUCUAAGGAGCUUAGAAAAUGCAGGUUGCAUUUAUAUCUACCUACAGGAUUUUUUUCCAAUCUUUACAUAGCCAUUGGAGAAUCAUUAUUAACAGCAUCUACGCACUGUAUUCCUCUUGUAACCAAAGAUGCUAAUGAGUGUAUUUGAAUUAGCCUCUCUUGAGAGGAGAGAGUACUGUGCUAAAAACUGUGAGACAUAUUCUGACCUAAAUGGUUGGUAGUGAAGUUUUUGUAGCUUAUCUGGUAAAGGAGAAUGAGCUUAUCUGUAUGAACAGCACAGUUGAUCCAUCUUUGGUGGGAUGAACUAAUGAGGCUUCUGGUCAGUGCCUUCUGUAACACACUGAAGACUGCUGUGUCUUGGGAGUUUCUCUUGAUGAUCCACCUUUUCUGAGUUGCUUUUCAGGCUGGAAUCCUUGCUCAGAUGUUUCUAGUGAGAAUAUUUAUAAUAUUCUGCAUUUAUCUAGAAAAGAAGCAAAAGGAAAGUAUGAAAACAGUACAAAAAAUCUGUGUGUCCAAUUGAUACUUGCACUGGGGGGUUGUUACUUAUUUCAGCUGAAUUUUACAUGAUGAAUACUUUAAAAUCAUCACUUUUGGAACUGGAAGGGGCAAUCUAUAAAUGGAAAUUUAUUUUUGUGUUUUGAAGUUUGAGGGUUUUAAGAACUGCAUUUUAUGUAAAGAUUGUUUAUUAUAAAGUUGUAGAAGUUACUUGCAUCAA